AUGAUUCCUGGCCUCGAGGUCGGCGAUGGGCCUUUUGAUUUAGAGAGGUUUUUGCGAGCUGUCAUGAAGCAACUUGACGAAGCGGAAAUUAUCAAGACCCGCGAACUUGGUGUCCUCUUCCAGGAUCUGCGCGUUCUCGGUACCGGCCCGUCAGUCUCGUAUCAGCCAACCGUGGGAGCCGUCUUCGACAUACGUGCUCGCCUUCAAGCUAUUCGUGAGAAGCGACACCCCACAACUCGGGAACUUCUGGCAGGAUUCGAAGGCGUAGUACGCCCUGGGGAGAUGCUUCUCGUCCUUGGCCGACCGGGCGCAGGAUGUUCGACCCUUCUGAAGGUACUGGCCAACCAGCGGUCGGGUUAUCACGAUAUCCAGGGCGCCGUUCAUUACGACGCUCUGUCCCCAGAGGACCUCGACAAGCACUUCCGUGGAGAUGUCCAAUACUGCCCCGAAGAAGACAUUCAUUUCCCAACCCUCACCGUUGAACAGACCCUCAAGUUUGCUGCGACCACGCGAACCCCCCACACUCGUCUGGGCUCUAGGUCUCGGGAAGAGUACGAAUGUCUUAUGGUCGACGUGUUGACCACAGUGUUCGGUCUGCGCCAUGUGAAGGACACCAAGGUCGGCGACGCGUACACACGGGGUAUCAGUGGUGGACAAAGAAAGCGGGUAUCUCUGAGUGAAACUCUCGCUACGAGGAGCCUGCUCAAUUGCUGGGACAAUUCGACUCGAGGCUUGGAUGCGUCAACAGCUUUGGAGUUCAUCCAAGCUCUGCGCAUAGCAACCGACGUGACACGUCAGGCUACUAUCGUUUCCAUCUACCAAGCUGGAGAGUCACUGUAUGAGCUCUUUGACAAAGUCUGCGUUAUCUACGAAGGAAAGAUGGCCUACUUUGGACCAGCGAACCGAGCACGCCAGUACUUCAUCGACCUUGGAUAUGAACCAGCAAACAGGCAGACAACGGCUGAUUUCUUGGUUGCAGUGACCGACCCCAAUGGGCGCAUUCCCCGUGCUGGAGUCACCAAUCGGCCGCGUACAGCAUUCGAAUUUGCUGAAGCUUUCAAACGAUCUGCCGUUUGCGAGCUGAAUAGGAAAGAUAUGCUCGAGUACCAGGCUAACUUCGUCGGAAAUCCGACGCGGGAGUCGAAGUACCGCGAGAGCGCAUACAUGGAGCAUGCGAAACACACCAGCAAGAAGAGCCCGUACCUUAUCUCGAUCCCGAUGCAGGCUAGGGCACUGAUGCGCAGAAGGGCGCAGAUUCUGAAAGGCGACAUAUUGACGCUUAGGCUGACUAUGAUCCUCUUCGUCGUGCAAGCUCUCAUUCAGGGCUCGAUCUUCUACAACCUCGCUGACUCGACUUCCGCCUUCUACUCACGUGGAGGUGUGCUGUUCUUCUCAAUUUUGUUCUCUGCCCUCACUUGCAUGGCCGAGAUACCUGCGCUGUUUGCGCGCCGUGCGAUAGUUCUGCGGCAGUUCAACGCAGCCAUGUACCACCCUUUUGUCGAGGCGAUGGCGUUGACCCUCGUCGACAUCCCGAUUACCUUCAUCACUCUCACAUUCUUCUGUGUCAUCCUAUAUUUCCUCGUAGACCUCCAGCGCACAGCUGGACAAUUCUUCAUUUUCUUCCUGUUUGUCUUCAUCGUGACAAUCACCAUGAAGGCCUGGUUCCGUACACUGACAGCUAUGUUCAAUGAUCCAGCCCCUGCACAGACACUGGCGGGGCUGUCAAUACUGAUCUUGACGCUGUACACGGGAUACACUAUUCCGCAACCAAGCAUGAUCGGAGCGUUGAAAUGGAUCACGUACAUCAAUCCUAUGCACUACGGCUUCGAAGGAUUGAUCGUCAACGAAUUCCACACCCUCAACGCGCAAUGCGCGACGCUCAUCCCGAGCGGCCCUGGUUACGAUGGCAAUGUUUCGUUGGCGAACCAGGUCUGCACUAUUCUCGGCAGCCAACCAGGCCAGACGACAGUCGAUGGCAGCGUGUACGCGCAGCUGAACUACGAUUAUCAGUUCAGUCAUCUCUGGAGGAACUUUGGCAUUAUUUGCGCCUACGGCGUCGCCUUUGUCGUGGCCUUUUGUACGCUCACCGAGUUGAACACCCGCACAGCUGAUCAGCGCACCAUCACCUGGUUCAAGCGUGGCGCCAAGAUCGACACGGUACGUGAGGCGCAAGCACAGGCCGGGGACGAGGAGAAGGGCACGGCCCAGUCGGCGUCUUCUACCAGCGAGGGGACGGCAGGGCAUGGGGAGAUUGAAGAGCACGCCAUGGACGCGGACGCGGAGAAGACACACAUGAAGGUCGAACCUUCGUUGGGCGCGCCGAAUAUGACAGAUUUGUUCUCCUGGCAGCAUCUCGAGUACACAGUCACGAUGCCGGACGGCACAGAGCGCAAGCUGCUGGACGACGUGUCUGGGUUUGUUGCGCCUGGGAAGUUGACCGCGCUGAUGGGCGAGUCCGGCGCUGGAAAAACGACGCUCUUGAACACGCUCGCUGAGCGACAGGACACGGGCGUCGUCAGAGGAGACCGCCUCGUCAACGGCCAGCCACUCCCGAGAGAUUUCCAGGCUCAGACUGGCUAUUGCCAGCAGCUCGACACUCACCUAGAGACAAGUACUGUGCGCGAGGCGCUUCUAUUCUCUGCAAAGCUGCGUCAGCCGCCAAGUGUGCCGUUAAAAGAGAAAGAAGAAUAUGUGGAAAAGUGUCUGGAGAUGUGUGGCUUGGAAGCCUACGCGGAUGCCGUUGUCGGUACUCUUAAUGUCGAGUUCAAGAAGAGGACGACUAUUGCUGUCGAACUAGUUGCCAAGCCUCGUCUUCUCCUGUUCUUGGAUGAACCCACCUCAGGUCUUGACUCACAAAGCGCCUGGGCGAUCGUCGCCUUUCUGCGUGAGCUUGCAGACAAGGCCGGCCAGGCCAUUUUGUGCACGAUCCACCAACCUUCUGCAGAGCUCUUCCAAGUUUUCGAUAAGCUGUUACUCUUGAAAGUCGGUGGAAAGACGGUGUACUUCGGUGAUCUCGGCUACAAUUCGACCACGCUUAUCGAGUAUUUGGAGCGGAAUGGAGCAAGGAAGUGUCACCCGGAAGAGAACCCAGCCGAGUAUAUCCUCCAGGUCAUCGGCGCCGGUGCUGCGGCUACCGAAGAUCGUGAUUGGCACCAGGUGUGGACGGAUUCGCCCGAGGCGUCCUGGCUCCAGCAAGAACUCAAUGCCAUCCACGACGAGGGCCGGAAGCGACCAGCGGUGGAGACGACCAUCCACUCCGAGUUCGCCACUGGGUGGUUAUACCAGGUUGCGACGCUUAUUCAUCGCGACUGUCUCGCUCAUUGGCGCAAUCCGACGUUCGUGAUGUCUAAGAUCAUGUUGAACAUCAUCGCCGGUCUCCUCGUUGGCUUCACAUUCUUCAAGAGCAAGGACUCACUGCAGGGUACACAAGACAAGCUCUUCGCGUGCUUUAUAGCCACCGUCCUCAGCACCCCACUCGCGCAACAACUGCAUGUGCCCUUCAUUGCCAUGCGCGACGUCUACGAGAUUCGCGAGCGGCCGAGCAGAAUGUACAGCUGGACUGCCCUUAUCACGUCACAAAUCUUGUCCGAAGUCCCGUGGAAUAUGCUUGCCUCGUCGAUCUUCUUCUGCUGCUGGUACUGGACCGUCGGCUUUCCGACUGAGGCUACGCGGUCUGGAUAUGUCUAUCUCGCGCUCGGGAUCAUCUUCCCGUGGUAUUACACUACAAUUGCCCAGGCAGUCGCUGCGAUGUCUCCCACACCACAGAUCGCCGCUCUGCUCUUCAGCUUCUUGUUCUCCUUUGUUCUUGUCUUCAACGGCGUCUUGCAGCCCUUCAGCUAUCUCGGAUGGUGGAAGUGGAUGUACCAUCUAUCGCCGUACUCCUACUUCAUCGAAGGCCUAUUAGGCUCUACCAUCGGCCACAGCGAAAUUAACUGCGCCGAGGUAGAGUUUGUGCAGCUCAAGCCGCCCUCCGGGUUCAAUUGCUCUGCGUACCUCGACUCGUUCAUCAGCAUUGCAGGAGGCUACCUCGCCGACCCUGGCGCGACGAGCUCGUGCGCGUACUGUCCGUAUCGCUCCUCUGACCAGUACCUAGAGUCGAGGUUCAACAUCAAAUACUCGCACCGCUGGCGUAACAUCGGAAUUGUCGUUGCUUUCAUUGCCUUUAACAUUGCAGCAACUUACAUCUUCACGUACAUCUUCCGCAUUCGUGCCGGUGGUCUCCCCAGGCCAUUGAAAAGAUUCAUCGACUCCCGUCGCACUCACACUAAAUAA